AUGCUCACGUUCCGAAGGUCGCUAAUCGCGGCCCUCCUCCUUAUCACCUUCGUCGUCCUUCUAAGGUCUUCACAUGCGACAUCGUCUCCCUCAUCGUCCGCUGCGCCCGUAUAUCUACGCGAAGGCGACCUUUAUGAUAGCAACGAAGUUUUAGAAGAGCACUCGCCAGGGCCGAAAAAGGAUGCGGUACAGCAGCAGCAGCCGCUCAAACCCUCCCCAAGCGCUCCCCUGCGCGAACGGUUACGUUAUCACUUCCCCUACGAUCUCGAUAACAAAUUCCCCGCAUACAUCUGGCAAACAUGGAAAUAUACUCCCGAUUCUUUGUGGUUCGGUCAAGAGCUGCGAGCUGCGGAGGCAAGCUGGACUGAGAUGCAUCCUGGGUUCGUCCAUCAGGUGAUUCCAGAUGAUACGCAGCGGUAUCUUGUCAGGUACCUCUACAGUUCGCUUCCGGAUGUGUUCGAGGCCUACGAUUCGUUGCCAUUGCCAGUCUUGAAGGCCGACUUCUUCAGAUACCUGAUCCUGCUAGCCCGCGGCGGAAUCUACAGCGACAUCGACACCAGCGCUUUGCAGCCCGCUGCUGAUUGGCUACCCGCGAGCUACGAUCUGUCGACUAUCGGAUUUGUGGUCGGCAUCGAGGCGGACCCUGACCGUCCGGACUGGCAUGACUGGUAUUCGCGCAGACUCCAGUUCUGUCAAUGGACCAUUCAAUCUAAGCCGGGACACCCUAUCCUCCGCGACAUUGUGGCCUACAUCACAGAGGAAUCGCUCCGGAUGAAGAAAGCGGGAAUUCUCAAAGUCGGCAAGAUGGACAAGACCAUCGUGGAGUUCACGGGACCGGGAGCCUGGACGGAUGCCAUCUUCAGAUACUUCAACGACCCAGAUUACUUCAACAUCGAACCGGAUUCUACGAAAAAUGUCACCUACGAAGAUUUCACAAAUCAAAAAGAAUGGAAGAAAGUCGGCGACGUGGUGGUUCUGCCCAUUACGAGCUUCAGCCCCGGCGUACAGCAAAUGGGCGCAGGGGACUAUGAUGAUCCGAUGGCCUUCGUUAAACACGACUUUGACGGCACAUGGAAAACAGACCCAUCUUUAUAA